CUCCCACAGGCUUUGGCACCUACCCGGGGCGCAAGCGGGGUGCUGUGCAUCCCCAGACCGUCAGCUUCCCGUGCCCCGCCUGCCAGCGGGACGUGGACCUGGGCGAGCGGGGCCUGGGCAGCCUCUUCCGCAACCUGACCCUGGAGCGAGUGGUGGAGCGGUACCGGCAGACCAUCAACAUCAGCGCGGCCAUCAUGUGCCAGUUCUGCAAGCCCCCGCAGCUGGAGGCCACCAAGGGCUGCACGGAGUGCAAGUCCAGCUUCUGCAACGAGUGCUUCAAGCUCUACCACCCCUGGGGCACCCAGAAAGCCCAGCAUGAGCCCACGCCCCCCACCCUCACCUUCCGCCCCAAGGGGCUGAUGUGCCCAGAGCACAAGGAGGAGGUGACUCACUACUGCAAGACCUGCCAGCGGCUGGUGUGCCAGCUCUGCCGCGUGCGCCGCACCCACACCAGCCACAAGAUCACCCCGGUGCUCAGCGCCUACCAGGCCCUCAGGGAGAAGCUGACAAAGAGCCUCGCCUACAUCCUGAGCAGCCAGGACACGGUGCAGACCCAGAUUGCUGAGCUGGAGGAGACAGUGAAGCACACGGAGGUGAACGGCUCACAGGCCAAGGAAGAGGUGUCACAGCUGAUCCAGGGGCUCUGUGCCAUGCUGGAGGAGAAGCGGGCCACGCUGCUGCAGGCCAUCGAGGAGUGCCAGCAGGAGCGGCUGGCCAGCCUGCACGGCCAGAUCCGGGAGCACCAGGCCAUGCUGGAGAACUCGGGCAUGGUGGGCUAUGCCCAGGAGGUGCUGAAGGAGACUGACCACCCCUGCUUUGUCCAGGCUGCCAAGCAGCUGCACAACAGGAUCCUCAGGGCCACCGAUUCGCUGCAGAGCUUCCGUCCUGCAGCCAACGCCUCCUUCAGCCACUUCCAGCUGGAUGUCAGCAGGGAGCUGAAGCUGCUCACUGACCUGGCCUUCAUCCGAGCGCCCGAGGCCCCCGUCAUCGACACGCAGCGCACCUACACCUACGACCAGAUCUUCCUGUGCUGGCGGCUGCCGCAGCACUCGCCGCCCGCCUGGCACUACACCGUGGAGUUCCGCAAGACCGACGCCAAGGCCAAGGGGCUGAAGCUGUGGCAGCGGCGGGAGGAGGUGCGGGGCACCUGCGCCCUCGUUGAGUACCUGGACACCGACAGCGUCUACGUGCUCCGGGUGAAGGGCUACAACAAGGCGGGCUUUGGGGACUACAGUGAGGACAUCUACCUGCACACGCCGCCCGCCCCAGUCCUCAACUUCUUCUUGGACAACCGCUGGGGCUUCAACCGGGACCGGCUGGCCAUCAGCAAGGACCAGCGCGCGGUGCGCAGCGUCCCCGGCAUCCCCAUGCUGUUCGCCGCCGAACGCCUGAUGACCAGCUGCCACCUGUCCAUCGACCUGGUCAUCGGCGAUGUGGCCAUCACCCAGGGCAAGAGCUACUGGGCCUGCUGCGUGGACCCCAGCUCCUACCUGGUGAAGGUGGGCGUGGGGCUGGAGAGCAAACUGCAGGAGUGGUUCCAGGUGCCGCAGGACGUGGUGAGCCCCAGGUAUGACCCCGACAGCGGCCACGACAGUGGGGCAGAGGACACGACGGUGGAGGCACCUCCUCCCUACGCCUUCCUCACCAUCGGCAUGGGCAAGAUCCUGCUGUCGCACGGCUCGGCCCUCACGUCCCGCGACCCCAACGGCUGCACCGUGCCCUUACCCCCACGCAUCGGCAUCUGCCUGGACUAUGAGCAGGGCAAGGUGAGCUUCUACGAUGCCGUCUCCUUCCGCGAACACGUGGUCAGUGCCACCCUGUCACAGGCUGUCAGGGGGCUCCUGGAUCAGACAUCUCCCCAGUGGGCCUAG